AAAGUGCCUUUGCAUUAGCCCGUGAGUGCCGUAGCUCUGGACAGAGGUAGCUCGCUCGCAGAGGUGCUGGGACGACAGAGGUGGCCCUGUCCCGCGCCUGGUGGCCCCGCCGGACCAUGGCAUGGGCACAGGGGGGUCUGACAUCCUCGCUCUCCAUCGUCAUCACGUUGGCUGCCUGCCUCUCUGCCACCACCAGCGAAGUGAACUUGCUAGACACGUCAACAAUCCCGGGGGACUGGGGCUGGAUGACUUAUCCCUCACAUGGGUGGGAUUCGAUCAAUGAAAUGGAUGAGUUUUUCAGCCCCAUCCACACCUACCAGGUCUGUAAUGUCAUGACCCCCAACCAGAACAACUGGCUACGGACCAACUGGGUUCAGCGGGACGGCGCGCGGCGGGUCUACGCGGAGAUCAAAUUCACGCUGAGGGACUGCAACAGCAUGCCAGGUGUGCUGGGCACCUGCAAGGAGACCUUCAAUCUCUACUACAUGGAGUCCGACCGGGACCUGGGCACCAGCACCCGGGAGAGCCAGUUCAUGAAGAUCGACACGAUCGCAGCGGACGAGAGCUUCACCAACGUGGACCUGGGGGUGCGGCGCCUGAAGCUGAACACGGAGGUGCGGGGCGUGGGGCCGCUGAGCAAGAGGGGCUUCUACCUGGCCUUCCAGGACAUCGGGGCAUGCAUUGCCAUCGUCUCGGUGCGGGUGUACUACAAGAAGUGCCCGGCUACAGUGAGGAACUUGGCAUCCUUCUCUGAGGCCGUGACUGGGGCGGACUCGUCCUCCUUGGUGGAAGUGCGGGGAGAGUGCGUGGGCCACUCGGAGGAGAGGGACACCCCCAAGAUGUACUGCAGCGCCGAGGGAGAGUGGCUGGUGCCCAUCGGGAAGUGCGUGUGCAGUGCUGGCUACGAAGAGCAGCGGGAUUCCUGCAUGGCCUGCCAGCUGGGAUUUUACAAGUCGGCCCCUGGGGACCAGCUGUGUGCCAAGUGCCCCUUGCACAGCCACUCGGAGAGCCGGGCAGCCCGGGUGUGCCGCUGCGACAGCAGCUUCUACCGGGCGGUGCAGGACCCGCCCUCGGCCGCCUGCACACGCCCUCCCUCCGCUCCUGUGAACCUGAUCUCCAGCGUGAACGGCACCUCGGUGACCCUGGAGUGGGGCCCCCCCCUGGACAAGGGGGGCCGUGCCGACGUGGUGUACAACGUGCUGUGCCGGCGCUGCGCGGGGGACGCGGGGCCGUGCGAGGCCUGUGGCAGCGGCAUCCGCUUCGUGCCCCAGCAGAUGAGCCUGGUGCAGGGAGCACUGACUGUCACCAACCUCCUGGCACACACCAACUACUCCUUCUGGGUGGAGGCCGUGAACGGCGUCUCCGACCUCAGCCUGGAGUCCAGGAGAGCCGCAGUCGCCAACAUCACGACAAACCAGGCAGCCCCGUCGCAGGUGGUGGUGGUGCAUCAGGAGAGCACGGGCCAGAACAGUGUCACCUUGCUGUGGCAAGAGCCAGACCAGCCCAACGGCAUCAUCCUGGAGUACGAGAUCAAGUACUACGAGAAGGACAAGGAAAUGCAGAGCUAUUCGACUCUGAAAUCCAAGAGCACCACUGCCACCAUCUCUGGGCUCAAGCCUGCAACCCGCUACAUCUUCCAGGUCCGGGCUCGCACCUCGGCCGGCUGCGGGAGGUUCAGUCAGACUGUGGAGGUGGAAACAGGGAAGCCAGUGUCCCUCCGCUACGACACGAUGACGAUUGUCUGGAUCUGCCUGACGCUCAUCACUGGCCUCGUCGCCUUGCUGGUGGUCCUGAUCUGCAAGAAGAGGCACUGCGGGUACAGCAAGGCUUUCCAGGACUCUGAUGAGGAGAAGAUGCAUUAUCAGAAUGGGCAAGUGAAGUUCCCUGAGUCCAAGUUCUACGUGGAUCCCCAUGCCUACGAAGACCCCUGCCAGGCCGUGCAUGAGUUCACCCGUGAAAUAGAGGCCUCCCGGAUCAAGAUCGAGAAGGUCAUUGGGUCUGGGGAGUCUGGAGAGGUGUGCUAUGGCCGCCUGAAGCUGCCAGGGAAGAGGGAGAUUCCCGUGGCCAUCAAGGCACUAAAGGCAGGCUACACAGAGAAGCAGAGACGGGACUUCCUGAGCGAGGCCAGCAUCAUGGCACAGUUCGACCACCCCAACGUCAUCCACCUGGAAGGGGUGGUGACCAGGAGCAAAUUGGUAAUGAUUGUUACUGAAUACAUGGAGAACGGCUCGCUAGACACCUUCCUCAGGAAACACGACGGGCAGUUCACCAUCAUCCAGCUGGUGGGGAUGUUGCGUGGCAUCGGAGCGGGCAUGAGGUACCUGUCGGACUUGGGCUACGUGCACCGGGACCUGGCUGCCCGGAACAUCCUGGUCAACAGCAACCUGGUCUGCAAAGUGUCCGACUUCGGCCUCUCCCGCAUCCUGGAGGACGACCCCGACGCUGCCUACACCACCACGGGGGGGAAGAUCCCCAUCCGCUGGACGGCUCCGGAGGCCAUCGCGUACCGCAAGUUCUCCUCGGCCAGCGACGUGUGGAGCUACGGCAUCGUCAUGUGGGAGGUGCUGGCCUACGGCGAGCGGCCCUACUGGAACAUGACCAACCGGGACGUGAGUGGGCGCAGGGCGGCGCGGGGACCAGCCUGCCCCUCCUCCGGCCCUGCCCCGGGCCAGCCCAGCACGGGGCUGGGCAAAAGGGGCCCAAAGGUCAUUAACUCUGUGGAGGAAGGCUACCGCCUGCCUGCCCCCAUGGGCUGCCCCACCACCCUGCAUCAGCUCAUGCUGGACUGCUGGCAGAAGGACCGCGGCGAGAGGCCGCGCUUCUCCCAGAUCGUCUGCAUCCUGGACAAGCUGAUCCGCAACCCCGACAACCUCAAGUGCACGGCCACCGUCAACAGGUUCACCCAAACACACUCGGACAGGGGUCUCCUCGACCUGACCAGCUGCUUGACUGUGGAGGACUGGCUGGACUCCAUCCGGCUGGGGCACUACCGGGACAACUUUGCCAUGGCCGGGUACUCCUCCCUGGGCAUGGUGAUGCGCAUGAACAUCGAGGAUGUUCGGAGUCUGGGCAUCACCAUGAUGGGCCACCAGAAGAAGAUCUUGAGCAGCAUCCAGGCCAUGAGAUCCCAGCUGCUGAACACAAAUGGCCCCAGGAGACAUCUCUGAUCACCAGCUCCGCAGACACACAUUGGGCAUUCCUUAACACUUACCCUGGCAAAGGGGCAGCAGGGUAGUGAGCGGGAAAGGGGGCACCAGACCAGGAGCUGGAACCCUGCCAGCAUCUCUGAUUUCAGCAUGGGUGGAAACAUGGCAUUCCAGAUACCUCGGUGGUCCUGCUGCCUCCUUCCCCCAUCUGAAGGAGGGAGCAGCCUUCCAAGUGGGCUAGGGACAUGUCAUGCCUCUCUACUAUGUCCCUGUGGGACUGGGGGUCUCCACACAACUGUUCAGGACGGGUGGAAACCCCUUCACACAGCAGGAUGGUCCCAGCUACCCCCGCAGGUGGAGGGGUAUCAGACACAUCAGCAAUACCAGGAGGAGUGGGACUGGGCUUGCCAUGGCACACAGCUCCUUGGAUCUCUGAACUGAGCAGGGCUUCACAGGCUGCCACACAGCCUCCCAGUACCUCCCAGUGUACUCCAGCCUGGACGUCCUGAACUGCACCAGCCUUCAGGUGACUUCACAGUCCAUCUCUGCCAAGCACAGGAGGGCAGGGGACAGAGUACAAGGUGGCAGUGCCAGGAACAGCUGGCUCUGCCUUCAGAGGAGACUUCCCAGCGUGGAGGAGAGUUGUCCAGGGCCUGCUGCCUGGAUCCUCAAGAAUUUCCCAGGGUGCAGCAGGACACUCUCUCCCUCCUCAACCCACCAGGACAGCUUCUCCCUGGAUCCAGCACAGCCAACCAGGGCAGCCCAGGCACAUUUUCUAGGGCCACAAGCUCAGGUUUCUCCACCAGCAGAACCAUCCUGGCCUCCUCUAGAACAGAGAGGAGUGGGAGACUGUACUCCCAUCUUACACGAUGGAGAGACAGAGAAACUUCUGCCAAACUCUUCUCUGGUUUUAUAUUACCCCAGAGAAACCCAAGAGCUGUGAUGCCACAAGGCUGCCUGUGCCCAGGGCUGCCAGGUCACCUGCAGAGAGGGGUCCUCCCAGCAUUUCCAGCUGCAGAGUCCUGUGCCUGGGGACACGGGCUCUGGGCACAGAGGAUCUCCACCACUACCCAUCUGGUGACCCCAGUGACUAGGAGGGUAGAGGGUCCUCCACAUCCCUCCUCUUCCCCACAGGAGUAUCUCUUUGGGCAAGCUUGCCUGAUGCCUCUGAAGAUAUGUGGAGCUGGUCCAAGAGGCUGAGCUGGCUGCAGAGCUGCAGAUGAACUGGGGAGAGGGGCAGGCUGUGGGCUGGGAAAGUUUUUUUUUUGGGGUGUAAAUACAAUUUUCUAUGGGUUUGGGAACUGUUUUACUGAAAUAGGAAGUUAAGUACACAAAAAUGGUCUCAAAGCACAGAAGCCUCAGUUGUGGGGCUGAACUCACUGCAAAAAAAAUCUGCUGGGGAUGUGGCUGGGGAGUGGGGGCUGGAGAGGAGAAGGGCUGGAGGGGAACCACAAUCACUGCCAGGAUCCAGCCUGGCCCACAGCACCCUGUCCUUAGCACUGGCACAGCAAACCCAAUGCAGGUAGUGGUAGGACUUGGCUGUUCCUCCCAGGGCUGUUUGGGCACAAGGGGGGUGGGGGGCGGGUUAAAGCCAUUUCUCAGCUGCAAUAAUCCUGGCUAAACUGGCCUUUCCAGGGCUGGCUUGGCUUUCCACGCAGGGCUCUUAUGUCCUGAUGGAUUCUCUGACUAUGGCGGGCACUUUACUUCUUCCUAUGGAAGCUUUUUGUAACGGGGGACAAGAUGCAAUGUGUUGUUUCAUUUCUAUUGCACCCUGCGUCCUGCACUCAGCCCUGUCCCAGGCCCUCCCCACAGCUGGACAGAGUGACAGCAGAGUGACAGAGGGUCAGCCCAAGCCCUGCAGCACAGGGUGGUGGGUGCUGGCCGUGUCCUCCCUUCCCAACAUUUGGGACUCCCUGGAGGGUGAGUCCGUCAUGGACACACUGGUGAGAGCAGAGGUCAGACCAGUGCCACAGACCUGUGUCCUUGGGGGUUUGCUGGGCAACCCUGGCCAGGUGGGCUGCAGGAUCUGAGGCUGGGAGCUGCCAGAUGGCCCCUUUCCGGGUGGUUCAUGAGUCAGAUCCUGCAGCAUGGGGUCACUGGGCUGCUCUCGGCUGCAGGGAUGGCAGGGCAGGGUUUGCCUUUUAUGUUCAGUGUGCACUUCCUCCUGGACAAUAAAAAUCCUU